AUGAGCCUCUCAAUGAUCAUGAGCAGAUUAAUCACACAACCUUUAAUAAGCAAUGUUCCAUGCAAUGGCAAAAAACUCAACACUCGACAAAUUCAAAAAGAGAAUGUAGUUUUAGUGAUGGGAGCAACAGCCACAGGAAAAUCAAAGCUAUCAACUGACUUAGCAAACUAUUUUCCAUCUGAAAUAAUCAACUCCGACAAAAUUCAAAUCUACGAAGGUCUCGACAUAGUAACAAACAAAAUAACAAAAGAAGAACAAAAAGGAAUACCUCAUCAUUUACUAGGAACACAUAACCCCAACAUAGAAUUCACAUCAAAUGAUUUUCGCGAAAAAUCAACCUCGGCCAUUGACUCAAUCACAGGCCGAGGACAUCUUCCCAUCAUCGUCGGAGGCUCGAACUCCUACCUCGAAGCCUUAAUCGACGAUGAUGACUACAACUUUCGAUCCAGAUACAACUUCUGUUGUCUCUGGGUCGAUGUUUCAAUGCCUAUUCUCCGUGCAUACAUAGAACAACGCGUGGAUCAAAUGUUUAACAACGGAAUGAUCAACGAGCUGCGUCCGUUUUAUAACCCGACCGGAGAUUAUUCAAAAGGAAUACGAAAAGCCAUUGGUGUACCCGAGUUCGAUGAGUAUUUUCGAAUGGAGAGUUUCGUGGACGAAAAGACUAGAAAAAAUUUGCUAGAAAAAGCAGUGAGUGAUAUGAAGAUAAACACAUGGAAAUUAGCUAGGAAACAGCUUGGGAAGAUUGAUUUUCUGAAGAAUGUUAAGAGAUGGGAGAUUCAUCGAUUAGAUGCUACACCUGUUUUUAGGAAGCGUGGAAAAGAAGCUAAUGAAACAUGGAACAAGAUUGUUGCAGAGCCUAGUGCUAUGAUUGUGGCAAACUUUUUGUAUAACUCUGCUAAUGUUGUGAACUCUUCUUCUUCUUCUUCGAGGAAUCUUAGAGUGCCAAUUUCUCAGAGUGAUCUUAUGGCUGCUGCUACAUGUUAG